AUGAAAGAAAAAAAAGAGGUGAAUUCAAGCCGUAAAGGAUGGAUGCCACCACGAGGUCGGCUGACGGCAACAUCACGUGGCCCGGUGCCACCACCGCCUAGUCGCACACCCACGCGAUGCUCGAGCAUUUGUCGUGUUCCCAAAGAUCGCUUUCGCGGCCCCCCGGCAGUAGCAGCAACAACAACACCGCGAAGUCGGGAAAGCGGCUCAGCUUGUCAUUGUGUACCUCUUCGACGCAAGAACGCAUCAAACGAUAAUGCCUUUGCGACACGACGCACGGCCAUAGUGGAUGAGAAGACACCGUCAGCGCAGAAGCCUGUUCAGCCCUAUGUAGCGGAUGAGCGAAUAGAGAAAAUGCGUAGGUCAAUGAAUGGUACGAAUCGCCGUUCCUGUAGCGAGUCUAUGCGAGAUGCGGAGCCUGUGAGUUUUCAUAUGGCGCCGUACCCGCGAGUUCCUUUUGUACGGCAGAGUAGCAACCGGUGUGAGUCAACUCCUUCAAGCUAUAGAACUCGGGUGAGUACAGCACAGCAAUGUUCAUUUGGGGGACAUGCUGCGAGACCAACGGUUGCUGGUACGGAGCUACUUCCGCGGAUGCCACACCUUCAGGGUACUCACCGUACCUCCAAAGAGCGGGGUCGCGCGACGUUAGAGCGCUUCCUCCAAACUCAACCAACAGAUGCACAAAAUGAAGUACGAGAUCUAAUGAAGGAGUACAAGGGUCGAGAAGAGGAGCUAUGCGAUGCUCUAAACAUUGCAUUCGGGGAGUCAGCAGGAGGUGUAGCAAUGGGUCUCAGUACCAGUACUAGUGGAGGAGCCACACCGGUUCCCCGACGUUAUGAUAUUCCACAACCAUACCGAGGGCCCACGCCACUGAAACAAGAGGUGACUGACACGUCGAUACUUAACACUUCACCAAAGCUUCAUAGCCGCAGCGCCAUGAGUGCUACUGUUAGAGUGAAUAGUGAAGCAAAUCCAAUAGCAUCGAGCGCCUCGCCUUACCGUCAUGGUUGUUCCCCCCGCAGGACUCAACCAUCGCGGAAUCGUGUGAACCCUCGCGAUGGCGUUUAUUCACAACCUCCCUCUGGUAUGAUAUCCGCCUGCACACCCAUUUCCAGCCCUUCACGUGGGAGGGGAACCGGUUGGGCUAAAAGUCUCUAUAAUGAAUUGAGGGAAGAGGGCAGUUUGUCGCCAUACCUCCGUUACCUUCCCAGUGAUGUGUCAGGAGGUGAAUGGGAUAAACCUGAUGUUGGAGACGUGCUUUGCUUUCAGGCGAAGGAGCCGCAGCGAAGACGUGUGCUCACCUCGCCCGUCCCCGAUGAGUUACUCAUAAAAUAA